UAUGGUUGAGUCGAAGUCACUCUGGUUGACUCAAAGUCUUCGUUUCAUUCUACCUAUAAAAAUACAGAGGUUAUCUCAACAAAAAAAAAAAAAAUAAUAAAUAGAGAGAGAUCACAGAGCAGACGAAGGAGAUCGAAACUAGUCAUGGCAGAGAGUGUGGUGAGUUUUCUACUGGAGAAGUUUUCGUCCUUGUUGGAAGAUGAGGUGAAGCUCUUGAGCGGGGUCCGAGAUGAAGUUGUUUUCGUGAAAAAUGAGUUGGAUCGCAUAAGAGCAUUCUUGCGAUCUGCUGAUGCCAAGGAAGAUCAAGAUGAAGAAAUCAAAGUGUGGGUUAAGCAAGUUAGAGAGGUCGCUUACGAUGCAGAAGACACCAUCGAUGAUUUCUUGUAUAGAUUUGAGCAUACCAAGCGACAUGGAUUCUAUGGUUAUUUGUGUAAGAUGGCUCGCGGAAUCAAGAACUUGAAAGCUCGCCGUCGAAUUGCCUCCCAAUUGCAGAGUAUCAAACUCAGAGUUACUGAUAUUUCUGAGGGGCGCCAGAGAUAUGGUUACAAACUGAGUAGUACGGAGAUCGGGUCGAGUUCGGGAACUAAACCUUGCUACUAUUCUGAGGUUAGAAGCGACGCACGGUUGCUGGAAGAAGCUCAACUAGUGGGCAUUGAACCAAAGAAGCAAGCUCUUUUGAGUUUUCUUGUUAAGGAUACCUCUCAACUACGAGUGGCUGCAGUGCGUGGAAUGGGAGGGCUGGGCAAAACCACUCUGGUGAGUUCAGUUUAUAAUGAUUCACGAGUAAAGAAUCAUUUUCAUCAAAUCCAAGCUUGGGUCACUGUUUCACAAUCGUUCAAGCUAGAUGAAGUUUUGAGACAAAUUAUCCAACAAUUUUUCAAAGCCACCAAUCUGCCACUUCCUGAUGAAGUUGAGAAGUCCACAGACACACACUUCUUAAAGACAACCAUUGUUGAUUUUCUUAGUGACAAAAGAUAUUUGGUUGUAUUGGAUGACAUAUGGGAUGUGGAUGCAUGGGAAGCAGUCAAAGUUGCAUUUCGGAACAACAACAAUGGUAGCCGAGUAAUGAUCACUACUCGUACUGCAGAUGUGGCCUCUACCUCUACCAAAGAUGUUGGAGGUCACAUCUUAACCUUAAAUCCUUUAUCUUCUGAAGAUUCUUGGACUCUAUUUUAUGCAAAAGCCUUUCAAGGUAAUGCUUGUCCUACUCAUUUGGAGGAAAUUUCAAGAGACAUCCUGAAAAGAUGUGAGGGAUUGCCUCUUGCCAUUGUUGCAAUAGGAAGCAUGUUGGCCACAAAGGACAUCAAUAGGGUAGAUGAAUGGGAGAUUGUUCACCGUUCUCUGCGGGUUGAAUUACAAGGCAAUACAAAACUGAAAGGCAUGCAAACCAUACUUUCACUUAGUUUCAAUGAUUUGCCUUACCACUUGAAGCAUUGCUUCAUGUAUCUAAGUUUAUUCCCUGAGGAUUACUCGAUUAAACUCAAUGUCCUGAUUCGAUUGUGGAUUGCUGAAGGUUUCAUAGAAGGAAUUGAAGGAAGAACAUUAGAAGAAGUGGCAAAUGGUUGUUUCAACGAACUUCUUAACAGAAGCUUGGUCCAAGUGAAUGAAAGAUAUACUGAUAGAAGAAUCAAAAGUUGUCGAGUGCACGAUAUUUUAAGGGAAACUAUGCUUCUAAAAUCGAAAGAUCAAGGCUUUGCAGCAAUAACUAAUAAAGAGAGCAGUAAAAGGCUUCCCGAAAGAGUUCGACGACUAUCUGUGCAUGAAGGAACAAAUAUAGAUGCAUCUGGGGACAAACAACUAUCUCAACUGCGCUCUUUGCUCUUAUUUACCAAAGAAAAAGAUGUCUGGAAUAAUUUCAUGUCUUCUUUUUCUGAGCAGGGGUCAAGACUUGUCAAGGUGUUGGAUUGUACACGUGCACCUGCGACUACAUUUCCACAAAGUAUCACAAAGCUAUACCAUUUGCGAUACCUAUGUUUAAGAGAUACCGCUGUAAGUUCAAUUCCACCGUCUAUUGCGAAUCUUCGACAUCUUGAAACGUUAGACCUCAAAAGGACUCUUGUACGAGAGCUACCCAGUGAGAUUUUACGAUUACAGUGUUUGCGACAUGUAAUAGUUUAUGAUUUUAGAAUAUUGCAUGGCUGUAAGGCUUUAAAAGGAAUGGAAUCCCUUUCUUCCUUGAGAAAACUCAGUUGUGUUGAGGCAAAACAGGAUGAAACUGAGCCUAUGGUAACCGUAGGAAGGCUAACACAACUGACGAGGUUAGGCAUCCUACAGCUUGGAGCUGAGCACGGAGAUGCACUAUUCUCUUCAAUUCGUGAAUUAAAGCUCCUUCGUUCAUUAACUUUGGUUUCAAGAACAGAGGAUGAAGCCCUUAGUUUCCAAUUUAAAUCCUUCUCAUCUCUUCAAUUGCUCCAGAGAUUAUAUAUAAGAGGUCCUGUGGAGAAGUCACUAGAAGGACUACAAAACCUUACAAACUUGUCUACAUUAUAUCUGAGUGGUAGUAGGUUGCAGGUAGAUCCGCUAGAGUCAUUACAAGAUUUGCCCAAUCUAGUAUUACUCUGGUUUGAUGAAAGAGUUUAUGAUGGGGAGUCACUAUGUUUUAAAGCUGGGAGUUUCUUAAUGCUCAGAGAACUCCGUAUUUCAGAAUUGGAGAACUUAAGAAGGGUGACAGUGGAAGACAAAGCAUUGUCUCAUCUCAAAUUUAUGAAUUUGGCCGAUUGCAAAUUACUGGAGGAAAUACCAUCAGGAAUUGAACGCCUAAGAAACCUCCAAAAACUUCAGUUGGUAAAUAUGGCUGCAGAAUUGACAACAACUGUAUAUCGUGGAAGUCAACAUGAUAACUACUCAAAAGUAAUGCACAUUCCACAUGUUUUCAUCGGCCGGUGGAGUCCUGAAAGCGGAACUGUUGGUGAUUGGCUUUAGAGAUUAUAGUGAGGCAGCUUCCAAGAUAUUUCUCAUAAAUUGCUUGUGUGCCAUCCAGCAACCUCUGUUGGGGCAUAAUCAAGUUGUUGAUUGAGCUUAUAAUGAUUGGGAGGCACAAGUCUUUUGAUGAUGAUGAGAAAGGAAUUGAUUAAGAGUUUGACGUGUUGUUGAGGGAAGUUCUGUGUUUGGGGUCGAUUUUGAGAUAUCCGAAUCUGUCUUUCUUGAGACUCACCUUACAGGAUGUGCUAAAAGUUGUUUGGAAUGGUGUUGAGGAGUACAAGAAGGAAGUGGAUAAGAUUGGAACACUUUUGCAUUCUGAAGAUGCAGAAGAGGAACAGUUGAUGUUGAGAUUCUGCUUAGAUGAGAGAGAUUCUGUAAUGUCAAAUAUCAUGUGUAGAUAUUUGUUGUAAUGAACUCUUUUGAGUUCUCAUAUUUCUUUUAGUGUUAUGCUUUGGUUUAGUUUUGGAAGUUGCUUGACAAUACCCAGAUGAAUUUUUCAGUUGUUUCAUUUUAAUUGAUUACUGAGUUUCUUGUUUUC